CAAUCCGCGUUUACAGUAAAACACCACACUUCCUGUUUCGGAUUAAAGAAAAUAUCGCAAUUAAUGGUAUAUUCAAUCUGAUAUGACGAAUGAAUUGCAGUGACUUACCAUACCGUUUAUGAGAGAGAACACACGGCCUGACCAUGUCUGUGUCCCUGCUGUGGGCAGUGGAUGUGUACGGGCGCGUUUACAGCCUGUCCACCGGAGGGCAGCAGUGGGAGCAGUGUCAUGAUGCCGUGUUAGAGUUUAAGAGGGUGACAGCAGUACAGCAGUGCUGCUGGGGUAUCGCCUGUGACCACCACAUCUACCUGAAUGUCCACUCUAGUGAUGUACCCAUACGUUACCAGGAGGAGACAUACGAGAACCAGCGAUGGAAUCCCAAGGAUAACUUCUCGGAUCACUUGUUGCCGAGCGACCGCUGGCAUUGGAGUGACAUCACAGGGCUGGAACACCAACCCCUGGAUAGUUUCCUUCUUCCCUCCACCAACUGGGAGUGGGAGGGGGACUGGUACAUCGACGAGAACUUUGGAGGAGAACCCACAGAGAAAGGAGGUUGGACCUAUGCCUUGGACUUCCCUGCCACCUACACCAAAGACAAGAAGUGGAACUCGUGUGUCCGUCGCAGGCGAUGGAUCCGCUACAGGAGGUACAAGGCCACAGACACCUGGGCCAAGAUCCCAUCUGAGGGUCACAGUGGUCCCCUGCCAGACCCCUUUAAUGACAUCAGCUGUGGGGGCUGGGAGAUCAGUGAGGAGCCCAGGGGGAGGCUGUCUCUGUGGGCUGUCUCUCUACAGGGCAAGGUGUGGUUUCGUGAGGGUAUCCACCACCACAGCCCAGAGGGGGAAGGUUGGGAGGAGGUGUCUCUGCCUGGGGAGGUAGUGCAGAUCAGCUGUGGUCCAGGGGACCUGGUUUGGGCUGUGCUCUGGGAAGGACAACUCAUCGUCAGGGAGGGCAUCACCAGAGACUGCCCACAAGGCUCGUCCUGGGUGGUGGUGGACUCUCCCAACCCAGAGGCCGGGGCCAUCCACGUAGCUGUGGGGGACAACGUAGUCUGGGCCGUCACCAAGGACAACAAAGUAUGGUUCAGGCGUGGCAUCAACUCCCAUAACCCAUGUGGUUCAGGCUGGAUCGGGAUGGUCGGGGAGAUGGUCAUGGUCAACGUGGGCCUCAACGACCAGGUGUGGGGUAUCAGCUGUGUGGACCGGGCAGUGUAUUUCCGUCAGGGUGUGACCUCCAGUGAGUUGAGUGGUAAAGCCUGGAAGGCUGUCAACGUGCCCCGAGACGGAGACAUCAGGUCCCACUCCUCCGCCAGCAUUAGCAGUCUGCACAGUGCUGGUUGUUUCUUCAGUGGUGAGGUACAAGCCCAGUCUGUGAUGAGUGAAGACUUGGACACAGAGGGCGGUCCACAGAGGGCGGUCCUAGAAGUAGGGGCAUGCCCCUCCUCUCCUCCCCCCGAGCCCCCUCCCAUCGACCCCGACGUCCCCAAACCACGCAUCCCUAAGGUCACCAGCGACAGCUUCAUCUCUGAGAUGCUCUCCGACCGUGAGGUCAAACAGGAGGGGGCCACCGCUGUCACCACUGCCAGUCCCUCUAUCCCAGAAGAGGAAGUCGCUCUUGGGGAACCAGAGGCCAAGUGUCCCCCUCCGGCUCUGGUUCUCUCCCCCAGCCUGUCUGGAGGGCUUGGGGACCCCCAGUGGAGUAACGUGGACCUGGAAGAGACCCAGACUCACCUGGCUGUGGGGCCUGCCGUGGUGAGAGGGGACUCGGCUGACACCUGUAGUCUGUCCUCGGUGGCCACCUACACCCUGUGUCAGGGGGAGCCGUAUGGGGCAGAUGAACACCCGCUCUGGGCAUGGGUCAGUGGAGGAGGCUGUGGUGUGAACUGUCACUCCCAGCUCAACUGGUUCAACUCUGCCACAGCCCUGGCAUCAUCAGUCCAGUCCAUGAGUCUGUCCAUCAGUCCAGCCCAGACAGCUGCCUGGCGGAAACAGAUCUUUGAGCAGCUCAGCGAACGCUCUAAGAGAGAGAUGGACCACUUUAAACACUACGAACAGGCGGUAGAACAGUCUGUGUGGGUGAAGAAAGGGGCCAUGCAGUGGUGGAGGGACUGGAAGCCCCAUAAGUGGGUGGACGUGAGGUUUGCCCUGGAGCAGUUCUCAGGACCAGAGGGAAACCAGGAUGGUAUUCUCUUCCUCUACUACAACUUCAACGAGGAGAAGAAGUACCUGCAUGCAUUCAUCAACGAGGUGACUAUCUUGGUGCCGGUGCUGAAUGACUCCAAACACACGUUUGCCGUCUACACAGCAGAGAGGACCAAACAGAGGUGGCCUAUCAGACUGGCUGCUGCCACUGAGGUGGAGAUGCACGACUGGCUGGCCCUGCUGAGUGUGUCGUGCUGUGACUCCCGGGGGAUCCAGGGUCCCCCCUCUAAACAAGCCAUCUGGUCAGUCACCUGUAAAGGAGACAUCUUCGUCUGUGAGCCUUCGCCUAGCCUGGAAGCCUGUCCCUACCCCACACCCUGCGACCAGAUGUUCUGGCGUCAGGUGGGGGGCCACCUACGUCUGGUGGAGUGUAACAGUCUGGGGGUGGUUUGGGGGGUAGGCUACGACCACACUGCCUGGGUCUACACCGGCUAUGGAGGGGGAUUCUUCCAGGGUCUGGCCAGCAGCACAGAUAAUAUCUUCACCCAGACAGAUGUGAAGUGUGUCUACAUCUAUGAGAACCAGAGGUGGAACCCAGUCACAGGUUACACCAACAGAGGCCUCCCAACAGACCGUUACAUGUGGAGUGAUGCAACAGGACUGCAGGAGUGUACCAAGGCCAACGCCAAACCUCCAUCCCCUCACUGGACAUGGGUAGCAGACUGGACCAUUGACUAUGGGAUCUCCGGGGGGACAGACCGAGAGGGUUGGCAAUACGCAGCUGAUUUCCCAAGGUCGUAUCAUGGCCACAAGACCUUGAAGGACUUUGUUCGUCGUAGACGAUGGGCCAGGAAGUGUAAACUGACGACCACAGGGCCGUGGCAGGAAGUCCCACCCAUCCCGUUGAGUGACGUGACCAUCGUCCUGUGUGGAGCUCAGAGCAGUGUUGAGCCGAUCCCUCUGUGGGCCAUCAGUAACAAGGGAGACGUGCUCUGUAGACUGGGGGUCACCCUACUGACUCCUGCCGGGACGUCAUGGCUUCACGUGGGCACAGACCAGCCGUUUAAGUCUAUCUCCAUCGGUGGGGCCAACCAGGUGUGGGCCAUUGCCAGGGAUGGAUCUGCCUUCUACAGGGGCUCUGUGUCCUCAGAGAGCCCUGCAGGAGAUUGCUGGUACCACAUCCCCUGUCCUGAAAGACAGAAGCUCCAACAGGUGUCUGUAGGGAGAACAUCGGUCUACACUGUGGAUCAAAAUGGUAACCUGUGGUUCAGACAGGGCCUGACUCCCAGCUACCCCCAGGGAUCAUCAUGGGAACACAUCUGCAACAAUGUACGCAAGGUCUCCGUAGGACCUCUAGACCAGGUGUGGAUCAUAGCUGACAAGGUGCAAGGCAGCCACAGUCUGAGCUGUGGGACAGUCUGCCACCGUCUGGGGGUUCAGCCCAUGGAGCCAAAGGGACAGUCGUGGGACUACGGCAUCGGGGGUGGCUGGGACCACAUCACUGUGAGAGGGAACUCCAUUGAGGCUCCUCGUGUCCGUAUGCCCUCCCUGACACCCUCCCUCACCUCCUCCCUAACGGACCCCCUCCGCCCCCCUCCACCCCGCAGCCUGCUCCCUGUCAUGAUCACGGAGAUGGAGAACGGGAACGCUGUCAGAUGUUAAACACACACACCUACAGUACUUGCUAGUGGACACUAUCUCUGUUCUGUCUUCAGCCCAACACUCUCUUCAGAUACGCCACAAUGCAACUACCCCACCAUCCACACUGUACUGUAGCUCCAGCCUCAGCUCUUCUGACCUAUCACCUGGCUGUGUUAAAAGACCUUUGAACCCUAUCUCUGCGCCCUCAACUUGACUCAGCCAAUCACCUUUUCUCUUUACAGCUAGCAGAUCAUGUUCAGUAUUUCCCACAUAGAGCACUAAUGUCGUUUUUGCGCUAUUGUAAUUUAAAGGUUAACUCAGCUAAAAGACAUUGCCACGAGCAGCACCGCAAAUAUUCAGAUGAGCGAGAUGCAAGUCACACACAGUAUCUGCACAUGUACACAGGAUCAUUUCACGCUGUUGGAGCGGUAGGUACGGUUCGCUUCACGUUGGUAGAGAGUGGUAGGUACGGUUCGCUUCACGUUGGUAGAGAGUGGUAGGUACGGAUCGCUUCACGCUGUUGGAGCGGUAGGUACGGAUCGCUUCACGUUGGUAGAGAGUGGUAGGUACGGAUCGCUUCACGCUGUUGGAGCGGUAGGUACGGAUCGCUUCACGUUGGUAGAGAGCGGUAGGUACGGUUCGCUUCACGUUGGUAGAGAGUGGUAGGUACGGAUCGCUUCACGCUGUUGGAGCGGUAGGUACGGAUCGCUUCACGUUGGUAGAGAGCGGUAGGUACGGAUCGCUUCACGUUGGUAGAGAGUGGUAGGUACGGAUCGCUUCACGCUGUUGGAGCGAUAGGUACGGAUCGCUUCACGUUGGUAGAGAGUGGUAGGUACGGUUCGCUUCACGUUGGUAGAGAGUGGUAGGUACGGGACCAAAACAAAGGAAAUUGACCCACUAUGCUGUUUACUUUCUGCAUCUACUUCAUAUAUGAGUCUACGUUUAAAUCUGUGCUCUUAAGAUAACUUUGUUUUACUUAUGGUUUUUGUUUGGUUGAAUGUUUUUUAUGUGUGUGUUUGGUGUGUACAGUAUUAUGUGAGUAGAUUUUUUUUAAUGUUAUGUUGGUAAUUGAUUUAUCUUUUUAAAAUAAUAUAUGUGUUUUGGGGAUGUAUUCAAUGUGAUUGGGGCAAGGUUAAGAUGGGUAAGAAAGCAUCACUGUCGGCCCAAUUAUUUGUGACUUAUUAUAAAAAGUCUGUAUCAGGAAGUUACAGUACUUACUACUUUGUACCUGCUGGCAACAGGUCGAGAUUCUACUGGAGUCGCACCAAAAACAAGAAGGAUUUAUUUAAAGAGAACUUUUGUUAUUAACGUUUGAUAACACAUGAUGCUUUUACAGUUCUAGGCCUUCCCCCUGAAUGGUUUGUAUCUGUGAUGGCCACAGUGAAGAGUUUGUUGGCCCAUGUAUUUUUGACAGCACUCGAAAAGAAAGUAUAUAUUCUUCUUUUCAUGAAAAAUUUGCAAUGUGUAGUUCUACACUGGACCAAAGUGUGAAUUGCUUGGAAAGGGAUGACUUUACGGGGCUUUAAAGUUUAUCUGUUUAUUUCUCAGGAAAAUAAGAGUUCUCCUAAAUGCUAUUAUUGGCAUGUUUUUGACCUUCUACGAUUGUAGCAGUAAUGACUGACAGGCAACACACGUGAAAGGUUUGGUGGAAAGAACAAAUAAAAUAUUUUUGUUAUAAAUCUGUAUAUGAGUUUAGUAUAAAUGUUUUAAUGGGGAUAUUUCAAGGUUGGUUAUUGUGCGUUGGUAUAUAAAAAGGUAAAAUAUUAGUCCUAUGAACUAUUAUCCAUAAACCACAAAAGCUGAAACUAGCACAUUUGGGCAUUAAUUGAUCUUACUUCUCUACAUGGAAACCAUAAGCCAAUAGCUAUCACUGAUAUACUGGAACUACAAAUAAUUGAUUGUACAGAAAACUGUCUGUGAAAACUCACUUUAUCUUCCUAUGGCAGUUCCUAAUACAAAGAGGGCGUUUUUUGAUAAUGUUUCACUUACUACUGUUUAGGCUUCAUCCUAAAGGAGCGGCACAUGCUUGUCAUGCUGUGGUGUACCCCUUCACCUUCCAAGCUUUAAGUGUUAGGUCUAGAGGAGGACUUGUCCGUUUAAAAAAUGAUUCCAUUGUUUUUAUUGAGUAUAAUGUCAAUUAAAAUACUAUAAUCAGGUACUAUUCUAAACCCAACAAGGCUGUUAUUGAUGUGUAUAUUUCUCCCUUCCAAUAGUGUCCAUGGUCAAUGUCCUCUCAAUAAAUGUGAUUAUUGAUAA